GAUCAAAAUCUCCACUUAUUUACAAGCCUUGUAAGUGAAAAACUCAAAAUUACCCAAGUCCCAAACCUUAUAACAAAGAACUACUCGGGGGCAAUUUCGUCAACGCCGAAUAUCUAAUCAAUAAAUAGGCUUUACCUAAUCCAUUAUUUCCCUCUGAAACCCAUUUCAAAAUUCAAACUCUUUCAAAAAUGGAGCCUUUAUCUCUCAAGCUCGAGAUGCUCAAAGGCCCCCGGGAGGGAGAGACCCUAGAGUACCGACCCGGAUCCAAGGUCCGAAUCGGUCGGGUCGUCCGCGGCAACAACCUCCCCAUCAAAGACUCCGGCAUUUCCACCAACCACCUCAUCAUCGACUCCGACGAAUCGGGUCAAUGGAUGAUCCGAGACCUCGACUCCUCCAACGGAACCAUCGUAAACGGCACCAAGCUCAAGCCGGACAUGCCGUUGGAGCUGAGCGACGGCGACGAGAUAAAGAUCGGGGAGUACACGUCCAUCUCCGUCAAGAUCGAAGGCCAUGAAGGGGACAGGUUGAGAAGGAAUCCGAGGCGCGGCGCGGCGGGGAAGGUGGGGACGGUUGAGGAGAGUCGGGGCCGGAGAGGGAGGGUUAAGAAGGAGAAUGAGGUCGAAGUGAAAUUGGAGGUGGAGAUUGAGAAUGAUGAGGAAAUUAAUGUAGCAGCACCGGUCGCUGAGAAUCGGGGCCGGAGAGGUAGGCCUGCGAAGAAGAAGGAAGAGAAUUCUGAAUUGGAGAAAGAGGGAGAGGAAAUUGAGGUGGUGGAGAAGCCGAAGAGGGGCCGGGGCCGGCCGGGGAAAGCUAGGGUUUUGAAGAGUGUGGAUUUGGUGGAGGAGGUUGCUGUGCCGGAAGUGAGUUUGAGAGCAACUCAAAGGUGUAAGGAUGUGGAAGCUGUGGUUCCGGAUUCGGAGAAUUGCAGUGUAGAGUGUGAACAAGUGAAGAUUGAACCUAAGAGGCGUGGUGGGGGUAGGAAGAGGAAGAAUGUGCAAGAAGUGCCGCGGGUGUGUGAGGAAGGUAAUGUUGCGGCGGAGAAAAAUUUGGGAGAAAUUGGUCCAGUUGGUGUUAAUGGUGAUAACGAUGAUAAAGGGGAUGUUCCGGAGCAGAAGGAUUCGGGGGGAAUAGGUCCAGUUGAUAUCAAGGAGAAUGGCGUGUAUGAUGAUGAUGCUAAAGGGUUGAAUUUGGGGGAUGAAGAGGCAGCAGUCGGUUUUGAUGUGGCAGAGAGUGGCAAUGAUAAUGAGAAGGCAAAAGGGUCCGAUUUGGGCCAUGAAGAGGCAGCCAUUGACUGUAAUGUUGGAGAGAGUGGCGAUAAGGUUGGAAGUGGUAGUUGGAACUGUUUUGGUGUUAAUGGUGCUAAGGAUGUUGAUAAAAAGGGGACUGACUCUGGUGUUAAAGAAGGUUUGAGUUGGCAGGAGCCAGAUUUGGAGAAGAUGACUUUGGACGAUUGGUUUGAUUAUGUGGAAGAUUCUUUGCCGAAAGCGGUUAAUAAUGAGAUUGACAAGAUUUGUUCCGGAAUGAGAGAGAAGGCUAAGCUAGUCCAGGAGUAUAUAGCACAAUACAAGAAGGAGAAGUGUCAAAGUUAACAGAAGGAGUGCCUUGUGUUUUGUCGUAGGAUUUGGUGCAUGCAUGCUAUUGACCCCUAGCUUCAAAACUACCCUCAAUCUUUUACAUGGGACAUUACUCGUCUCUCUAUUCAUACAGGAGAAGAUACUUAGGGUUGUUUUUAGUAGUGCAGGCUUUGUCAAUUAUCAAGGUGAUUAUGUGAUACAAGCAUUUAUGUUAUACUGAAAGUAAGAACCUAAUAUCAUGGUGGCUCUUCCUCAUCCAACAAGUAGAGCAACCCCCGGUCUCAUCUGGACUGAAUCAGAUAGACCGAAUGCAUUCUAGUUGUUUUGACCAAUGGUUAUUAGGUGCUUUCCUUCUAAUGUUGGUGGAUCCACUACACCCCAUCAAGAAAAGAACAAGACAGAAGCCUAAAUGAUUUUGUGAGUUGAAUUUGAUGUGGCUCAAGAUUUCGGGACUAACCACCGCGGCUCUUCCUCAUCCGUAUAAUGUACAGCUCUGAGGAGUAUCACAUCAGAGAAUUGAUUGGGAAGUUACAGGUAUCAGAUUUU